GCGCGCUGUUCAGUUUAAUGAUAAGAAAAUUUGUUUGUUUGUUUUGAAAAUCUUAUCAGCUUCUAAGUUUAUUAUGCAUGUUUAAAUUUUUUUUAAGUGCUUCUUGAAAAACUUUGUGUUUUUCUUGAAGUUUUCAAAGAUGCGUUCUGAGCAAACAGAUGUGCCCAUAAAAAAUUUGUUGAAACAAGUAUAUGCCGCUCAUACAGCUAAAGUAAAAUGUUUGGAAGAUGAAAUUGAAGAACUGAAAAAUAAAUUGUUUGAAGCUGAAAAAAAACUGAUCGAACGUAAUUCUGAUUGUAAAAGAUGUGCAGAGUUAGAAGAAGCUUUUACAAGUUGCAAAGCAGCUCUUGAAGAACAAACUAAAUGGUUUGAAAAUUUUGGUCAGAAAUUUUCAAUAUUCAACAGCUCAGAAAAUAAAAUAAGUUCAAAGACCUCCAAAUUACAGGAUGAUAUUAUGCAAAUACAUAAUGAAAGUUCUUUUGGUUCUGAUAUACCACAAUCGAAUGAGACUAAUGAAAAAUCAUCAAUUACAAAAAAGAAUUUUUUGAAAAAUCUUCUGAACUUAACCCCUGAUAAAGAUUCAUUAGAUUUAUGCACAGUGCAAUUUCCUGGUAAUUUAGGUCCCAGUUGCUCUUCAUUAAAUUUUGAUUCUGUGAUACUAGCACCAGAUACAGCAGAUAUCACACUCGAUGCUCAAAAUAAUGUUUUUAAACAAUCUGUCGAUAAGCGAAAAAUAUUGAAAAGCUCUGAGCAAUUAAGUGAUGCUACAGAUAAAUCAAAUGUACAAAGACAAAAAUCGAGUAAAAAAAGAACAUGCAGUAAUUCUUCAGAAUCGGAAACAAGUCCUAAUAAAAAACUUAGUAAAGGUAUAGGAAGUGAUUUUCCUAAUGAGAUGAAGACUUUGGCAAAGGAAAUAGUAAAGAAAAAGGAAUCAAUUGUAGAAGAGAAUAUUAAAUCAGAUCUUGCAAAAAAUUCAAAUGUAAAGUUACUAAAUGAUAAGACUAUUGACAUUUUUGAUCUUAAAGCAAGCAAAAAUAAUGCUCCUGUUUGUGCUGACAACAACAAAGAGCAAGUUGUUUCAAUAUUUCAUUCAGAAAUCAGCAAAGACAUUAACAUUGAAGAUUCAGUUAAAAUUUCAAAUACUGAGAAAGAUAAAAGUUGUCGGACCAAGUUGGAACAUAUGAACAGCAAGGAUAGCAUGUACCAAGUGUCUCCAUCUUUAUUACCUCUUAAUAAGAAAAAUGAAAAGGCUAUUUUACAAAACCCACAGCUGUUAGCUGAAGAUAUAAAUGACUUUCAGGUUUCAGCUAUAAAUAAGAAUCCUCCAGAAAUGGAAGAUGCUUGGAAAAUUUGUGAUAAGAAGAAAAUAAAAAAGGGACCAUGCAUUAAAAAUAUCAAGGUGACAUCAAAAUUUAAAAUGAGUCUUGAUGCUUUACCUCCAAAUUAUAAGAAACCUAAUCUUCGCCAAACUAAGCUAUCAAAAAGCAUUUUCAAGCCUAAAAAUUCUACUCCUGACAAUGAUUUAUCAAAUGCAAGAAAAAAGAUUCUUAGUGAUUCUAGUAAUAGUUCUGCUGAUUCAUCUAAAAAAAAUUCUCCUGUAAAUAAAAGUAAAAAGACAAAUACAAUAGAUUUUGAUGCAACUUGUAUUCCAGAGAAUUAUAAAUAUAAUGCAGAAAGUUGUGAGGAUGAUGAUGAUGAUGACGAAAGUAUUCUAUUAAUACAAGAUGAAUCUUCAGAUGAAAGUUUCCAUUCACCAGUUGUUUCUCCCAAAACUAAAGCUAAAAGUAUAUCAAAAGAGGAUGCUUCCAAGGAAAAUAAGAAGAAAGAUAAUUUUCUACUUAGUAAAAACCAAGCUGAUAAUGAACAUCUGAGCAGUUUUGACAGAUUACCAAAAAGAGAGGAACCAAAUUACAAAUAUAAAGAGGAAACUGUUCGGAAAAAAUCAGAGAGAAAACAACUAACUGGAUUUGAGUGCAAAGAAUGUGAGAAGUAUUUUUCUGAUCUUGGACUAUCAGAGGAAGAAAAACGAGAGCGCUUGAAUAAAUGUUCUCGGCAUCGUGCAAAGUUUCCUCCACCAGCUACACCAGAGCACUUUUGGGAAUUGGACUUUCCUGACACACAAGAAUGCAAAGCACGAGGAUAUCUUAAUGAAACUCAAAAAGUAACACUGAAAUCUUAUAGGCGACGGCCUUUGUAAGUUAACAGUUCACCUAAAUGACUUCAGUAUUUUGUGAUAUUACUGAAAAUCUUUGUAAAAAAUACUCAUUUAUGUAUAAUUGUAUAUAUUCUUUAAUAGAUCAUGAAAUGAUUCAGUUUGUGUAAAUUAAUAUAUAUUUGCUGUAUAAAAUUUUGCAUUCACAAAUUGAUUUUAAAAUCAGUCAUAAAUCCGUAUUAUGUACAACCAUUUAAUCGUUAUCUUUUGUAAAUCCAUCUAUGGUUACAUGCAAAUUUUGCUGCAAAAAAAAAAAAAAAAAAAAAUGUUUUACUGCA